GCAGCAGGCAGCCAGCCAGCCGGGAGCCGGCCGUCACAGUCGGCUGGGUUGCGCUUUGCUUUUGCAGUGAGGCAUUGACCUGCCCAUAUGACUUGGCGCUCUCCACCAGCAGGAAUUUCCAGAAGGAGUUUGAAUUUUUGUGAUUUUUUUGAAUAUUUGGUUGGUGGAAUAUGUUGGCAUUUAUGUUUGCUUCCAAAUCAGUGUCUUGCUCACAGCGUAGAUGACUUUCUCUCCGAAACGCUAAGUAUUCUCUCCCGCAGGAGCGCAAAUCCUUGUUUUUCAUGACAGAUCUCGACGACAAUAUAUGCAAAAGAUAUAUAAAGAUGAUAACUAAUAUAGUUGUAUUAAGCCUGAUCAUUUGCAUUUCCUUAGCUUUCUGGAUUAUGUCAAUGACUGCAAGCACCUACUAUGGUAACUUACGGCCUAUUUCUCCAUGGCGUUGGCUGUUUUCUAUUGUUGUUCCUGUUCUGAUCGUCUCUAAUGGCCUCAAAAAGAAAAGUCUAGAUCACAGUGGGGCUCUAGGAGGGCUAGUGGUUGGAUUUAUCCUAACCAUUGCAAAUUUUAGCUUUUUUACGUCUUUGCUGAUGUUUUUCCUGUCUUCUUCUAAACUCACUAAAUGGAAGGGAGAAACAAAGAAGCGCCUAGAUUCAGAAUAUAAGGAAGGUGGGCAAAGGAAUUGGGUUCAGGUAUUCUGUAAUGGAGCUGUACCCACAGAGCUGGCACUGCUAUACAUGAUAGAAAAUGGCCCUGGGGAAAUCCCAGUCGAUUUUUCCAAGCAGUACUCUGCUUCGUGGAUGUGUUUGUCUCUCUUGGCUGCAUUGGCCUGCUGUGCUGGAGACACAUGGGCUUCAGAAGUUGGCACAGUUCUGAGUAAAAGUCCUCCAAGGCUGAUAACAACCUGGGAGAAAGUUCCAGUUGGAACCAAUGGAGGAGUUACAGUGGUGGGCCUUGUCUCCAGUCUCCUUGGUGGUACCUUUGUGGGCAUUGCAUACUUCCUCACACAGCUGACUUUUGUGAAUGAUUUAGACAUUUCUGCUCCCCAAUGGCCAAUUAUUGUAUUUGGUGGUUUAGCUGGAUUACUAGGAUCAAUUGUGGACUCCUAUAUAGGGGCUACAAUGCAGUAUACUGGGUUGGAUGAAAGCACUGGCAUGGUGGUGAACAGCCCAACAAAUGAGGCAAAGCACAUAGCGGGGAAGCCCAUUCUUGAUAACAACGCAGUGAAUCUGUUUUCUUCUGUUCUUCUUGCUCUCUUGCUCCCAACUGCUGCUUGUGGUUUUUGGCCCAGGGAGUGAACUUUUUUUCAUUCCCACAGGUUGAAACUGGUAAAUACAAAAGAAAACGCUUCCUAACUAUGGUCAAAGAAAGUGAUGCGACAACAGAAGAAGAGGCACAGAGAUGUUGGUUUUGAAUAUGGAGGGAGGAGGUUAUGAACUAAGGAACAUGGGUGGCCUCUAGAGGCUGGAAAAGGCCAAGAAAUAUGUUCUUCCUUAGAGCUUCCAGAAAGGAUCACAGUGCUGCUGACACCUUGAUUUUAGGACUUCUGACCUACAAAAUUGUAAGAUAAUAAAUUUGUGUUGUUUCCAGCCA